AUUGACCUGGACACCAUCGACGUGAGCAAUCUGAACCGUCAGUUUCUCUUCCGCAAGCGACAUGUGGGACAAUCCAAGGCCAAGGUGGCUCGGGAAGCUGCAAUGGCUCUAUGCCCGUCCGCAUCCAUCAUAGCCCACCACGGCAGCGUGCUGCAGCCGGACUUUGACGUCUCCUUCUUCUCGCGCUUCUCCCUCGUGCUCAACGCCCUUGACAACCUCCCUGCGCGCCGCCACGUCAACCGCAUGUGCCUUGCGGCCGGCGUGCCACUCAUUGACAGCGGCACCACGGGGUUCCUUGGCCAGGUGACAGUGCAUGUGAAGGGCGUGAGUCAGUGCUAUGAGUGCACCCCCAAGCAGGCCCCCAAGUCCUACCCCACGUGCACCAUCACCAACACUCCUUCCAAGCCUGUGCACUGCAUUGUGUGGGCCAAGGAGCUCCCAUUCGUGGCUCUCUUUGGCCCCCGGGGUCAAGCAACGGACCUCCACGCCCAACCUUCCACCACUUCCUCUGCUCCUCCAGCUGCUGCUGGUGAUACCGCUGCUGAUGGCCCCACAACCACAGGCACUGCUGCUGCGGCAGAUGCUGAUGCUGCUGCUGGUGCCUCUGCACCCGCUGAUUCUCAAACGGAGAACGGUGUAAGCAGCAGUGUGGAACAGAGUGAGGAAGAGAGGAGGAAGAAGAAGCAGGAAGAGGAGGCAGCGGCAGCAGCUGCAGAGAAGGAAGAGCGGGAGUUUUUCACUCGGAGGGAAGGGGAGAGCGGGCGUGCGUUCGCAUGCCGUGUGUUUGACCGGAUAUUUGGGGACAACGUGGCAAGGACUCUCCAGAUGGACGAUAUGUGGAAGCACAGGGCUCGCCCCACGCCCUUGUACCUCAAGGACGCGUUUCCUGCAGGAGUGGAGGAGAGCGAGGAGGCGAAGGAAGGGAAGGAGGGGAAGCGGGUGUCAGCGAUGGCGAGGCUGGGGUGGAGGGACGUGCAGAAGGUGUGGAGUGUGCAGGAGAACGCACGGGUGUUCCUCAAGGCUGUUGAGCUGUUUGUGGAGGAGCGCACAGAGGAGCUGGGUUCUCUGACAUUCGACAAGGACGACGAGUUGGCAGUGGAGUUCGUGACAGCCGCUGCCAACCUGCGCAUGCACUCCUUUGGCAUCCCCCUGCACAGCCUGUUCGCCGCCAAGGGCAUCGCGGGGAACAUUGUGCAUGCAGUGGCGACCACGAACGCCAUUGUGGCUGGGCUCGUGGUGCUGCAGGCUGUGAGGUUGCUGGAGGAGGAGAGCUACCGCCAGGAGCCACGCAUGGUAUGGUGCACGGAGUUCCCCAGUCAGCGCAAGGCCCUGCUCGCCCCUCUAGAGAUGGACCCACCCAACCCGGCCUGCCACGUCUGCUCCCGGACGCCUCUGGUGCUGGAGCUAGACACCAAGACAGCAACGCUGGCAGAUGUGGUGGAGGGCGUGGUGAGGCGGCAGCUGUCAGCCACCCAGCCCAUGGUGAUGGUGGGCAGUGGACUGGUGUACGAAGAAGGGGAGGACCUGGAGGAGGAUGAGGUGCUGCGAUACCGGAAGAACCUGAGCAAGAAGCUGUGCGAGCUGCCCACGCCAGUGACCUCAGGGGCAGUUCUGACAGUAGAGGACUACCUGCAGCACUUCAAGUGCUCCAUUCACAUCAAGCACAGAGAGGACAUUAACGAGGAGGAUCAUCCCGACAAAAUGAUACUGCACGGCCAGUUGCCAGCGGCAGACACCACCGCUGCUGCUGGGGAGGCUGGAGCAGCAGAGGCACAGAACGGGGAGAAGAAAGAAGGGAAUGCAGCAGGAGGGGAGGAGGAUGAUGACGACGAUGAUGACGUGGUUCUAUUUGAACCUGACGCUGCUGGUGCCGCUGCUGGUGGUGCUGGGGAAACGGUUGGUUGUGUGUUACUGGCACACCAAAUUUUGAGUCGGGUCGGCUCAAUGUUUGCAGGAGGGGGUGGUGGUGUUGAGAAGAGAGUCAAGGUGGAUGUGGUGGAGGAUUCUCGAUCGUAUCCUGUCCCCGCUGCCAGCACCGUCUCUUGUCGCCUGAUGUCGCAGCUGCGUGUCUCAUCGUUUCGCGGUCGCAUGGCGCCUGCGACAACGUCGCUUCAAUCGCUGCCGUCGCUGCGUUCACACACCAGCUCGUUUCGGGAUUCCGCAGCAGCCCUCUCUGGACCAAUCGCGUUUCGACACGUGGAAAAGCCUAUGGCAGGGCGGUUAAUCAGGCUCUGGGAUUGGAACGUUACAGGAGGAGGCAUGGGCACAGGCACCGGCAUGAGCGGCAGCAACAGCAGGCGUGGCAGGGGCGCGCAUGGGCGGUGUGAGGCGAGGGAGGGAGGUGUGGAGGAGGGGGUGCGAAUGGUGGCGAGAGAAGGAGUGGCUCUGGGCAAGUUUGACGCGUUGCAUGUGGAGCACAGGGCGCUGGCAGUGCAGGCAGCAGGCAUGUGCGGCAUGUGCGUGUGCUACCGAAAACCAACCCGCGGCAUAGUGGCUCUGGGCAAGUUCGAUGCGUUGCAUGUGGGGCACAGGGCGUUGGCAGUGCAGGCAGCAGGCAUGGGCGGCACGUGUGUGUGCAUGCUCUCGUUUGCCGGCAUGGCUGAGGUGCUGGGCUGGGAGAAGAGGCUCCCCCUGGUGGCCCCCUGUGAUCGCAAGCGCGUGCUGCAGCUGUGGCAGCCUUUCUGCCACGGCCAGCCCAUCUGCGAGUUCUUUCUGGACUUUGCGCGCAUCCGCUCGCUCUCCCCGGAGCAGUUCAUCGUGCUGCUGGCGGAGGAGCUAAGAGUCAAAGGGAUUGUUGCAGGGUCAAACUACCGGUUUGGGUUCAGGGCAGCGGGCACGGCGAGCGACCUGGUGGAGCUGGGGGCGAAGCACGGGCUGCAUGUGAUGAUCGUGGAUACUGUCACAGACGCCCAUGCGCACAUGCACACUGACGUGCUUGCUGACUCCGACCUUGCUCCUGCUGCUUCUACUGCUGCUGCCGGUGCUGCUGGCGUAGCGCCAUCACAAGCAGAGGAGGAGGAGACGCAUGUGUCGAGCACGCGGGUGCGGCAGCAGCUGUGCGAGGGCAAUGUGGAGGCAGUGGCUGUGUUCAUUGCCCGGCGACACCGCAUCCUUGUCUCGCUCUCCGCCUCCUCCCUCUCCUUCUCAUCGCACGCCGCCUGGGGUUCCACUCAGAGCGCUGUGGGACAGCUGCACAGAUGGACGUGCCUCAUGCUCGAGAUCUGA